AUGAAAGUAAAACUACUAAUUUUAAUAAUGUAAUGCAUUUGUAGAGAGCUUAAGACGAAAUUAUAAAAAAAUGAUAGAGAAUCUAUUUUCAAAAUAUUCAAAGAUAUAAGUAGACUCUGAAGAGUAAUGAUUAAAUUUAUAAUAAUCUAAAGUUUAGGUGAUAAACAAGGAAGAGGAAUUGAAAAAGAAAAAAGAAUAGAUAAAUUUUUAGGAGAAGAAAAGAAAUCUUUUAAUUUAGAAAAUAAAGGAUUUAUAGUAAUAGAUUAAAUUAUAGAAAGAAUCAAUAGGACCUGAUGCAAGAUAAUCUCAAUAAGGUUUAAGUGAGUGACAAUUAUUAGGAAUGAAGCAGAAGAUUGCAUAGAAUAAAUAAGAAAUUUAAGCAUUAAGAAAAUAGAUUUAAGAUGCUGAGCCUCGAAAGAAUGAAGAAGGAUAUAGCAUAUAUUGA